AUGGCUGCUCAAGCUACCAAAGGCGAGCAGAUCUAUGCUACGCUUCUUCUGAGCGAUUCAUAUCUUCCUGGCGCACUCGUCCUCGCUCACUCUCUUCGCGAUGCCGGAGCCACUCGCAAGUUGGCAGUCUUGGUUACACUCGAUUCUGUAUCGGAAGAGUCCAUUACACAACUCAAGGAGGUCUACGACUAUGUCUUCCCUGUUCCACGCAUUCGCAAUGACCACCCAGCCAACCUGUACCUGAUGAACCGUAGCGAUCUUCACUCAGCCUUUACCAAGAUCAACCUUUGGAAACUCACCCAUUUCUCCAAAAUCGUCUACAUUGACGCUGAUGUCGUCGCAUACCGAGCUCCUGAAGAGCUUUUCGACAUAUCUCACCCCUUUGCUGCGGCUCCAGAUAUUGGUUGGCCAGAUCUGUUCAACACUGGUGUAAUGGUUUUGGAUCCCAACAUGGGAGACUUCUAUGCUAUGACUGCCAUGGCUGAGAGGGGCAUCUCUUUUGACGGUGCCGAUCAGGGCCUGAUCAACAUGCACUUUGGCCAACAAUACCAUCGCUUGAGCUUCACCUACAACGUCACGCCAUCUGCACAUUACCAGUACGUCCCCGCCUACCGACACUUUCAGUCCAGUAUCAACAUGGUUCACUUCAUUGGCGCAAACAAACCGUGGUUUACCGGCCGAGACGCACCCUCCGGCAGUGGCCCCUUUAGCGAAAUGAUAGGACGAUGGUGGGCUGUCUACGACAGACACUAUCGACACCAGGAAUCCGAUUCCGCCACCCAGUAUGUUCAAUACUUUACCAAGGGAGAAUGGCGUCCCCAGUCAGUUCAAGAGCAACCUACUUCCGAUGAACAACACCAACCUGAUGAUCACAGCUCGACUUCCACCGAACAACAACAACAUGGUGAGCAGCAAGUCGAAGAUCAUCAGCAACAAGACGAAAAAUCUCAUGACGAACUUCCAGGCUCCAGUACAACUCACGACGAACACCGCCGACCCCAGGGAAUCAUGAUGCAUGAUUGGGAUGCUCAAAGAUACCCCCCUCCCUCCGGUUCGAAGCCCGAAGCGAUGAACUUCCCUCUCACUCAUUAUGAAAUGUCCCGUGACACUGCACCGUUUGUUCCUCCCCAGCGUUACCCGAGUCCACCAAAGAACAUGUGGUACGAAGUACCAAAGGAGAGGCCGGGUUCCCGGUCAAAGGCUGCUCCGGAGAUCUUUCCCUGGGAACGAAAUCAACCUCGACCCACGAGAACUUUUGCAGGAGAGCCUGAGCCAGAACCAGAACCAAGUCCUGAAGAGUCUGGUACACAACUGUCGGUAAAAACUGAAGGCCUUACAGAAUCCGGAUCCGAAACAAAGACCCAAUCUACCGCAUCUACCCCUACAGUACAGGUUACGCCAUCCAACCCUUGGACGUCUUACACACGCACAAAUGCUUGGGACGAAGUGCCUGCUAUCGAACGGUAUGUUGACCGUCUACACGGCGGCGGUCAUCGACGUGGUAAGAGUUCGACCUCCUCAACAGGUCGCGUAAAAAGCCCGACAACCGGUGCGUGGCAGGAUGACCAGAGCAGUUCCAAGCUGCGAGGUCUGAAGCUCACCGAUUUUCCCAGUGCUGUAGAACGCCCUAGCUUGCCAGUUACUCCGGCCCCGGUCCACCGAAAUUCCUUCUUUGCAGAUGACGACGCCGAAAAUGAAGACGAAACAACGAAAAAGCUUCCUGAAGCCGAAGGCGUUCCGACGCAGUCCGACUGGGUAUGUGUGCAUGGAAGACGUUGGGGACCUACAGACUGCCUGUGCGAGGUGACUGACUUGAUCCUACAACACCAGGAUCCGAUCGAACAACUCCAGAAAUUGGCCAAGCAGCAAUCGGAUGUAUUGCUUAAGAGAUUGGGUAGUGAUCAAGAAGUAGGAGGAGUGAGUCGCGAGAUACCAACACGCCCGUUGCCCUUUGGUUCGGGAGAUGGAAAGUCACCUACUUAUGUUGCGUCAUCCGCCUCAGGUGUGUUAAGCCCACAGCCGAUGAAAGGCGAAAGAUCAGCAGGCAUUUUGCGCGAUAUGAGCAGUGGCCGUCUCGACCCCGAGUCAACUUUAACCUCGCAACCGUCAACGAUACCCCAACCCAGUUACUCCGGACCCGGCGCCGCAUGGGAGAAGGGCGAAGAUACACCGCAGUACGAAACGCCCUUACCGCCUAAGGAAGAUGAAUUGGAUGCCCUUAACGCCUAG